AUGGUGUACAACCACCCCGUGACGACCAUGUGCGAGAACUCGACCGAGACGCCGUACUACUGCGAGAACGAAUGGGAUUUCGGCACAGGCUUGAGCUACACAGACUUCACAUACUCGGCGGUGACUUUGAGCAAGAACACGAUCCAGGAUCCUAACGACUCGAUCACUGUUUCGGUGGACGUGACGAACAGCGGUUCGAUGACCGGCAAGGAAACGCCGUAUCGCUCGCUGAACGUGCCUGAGAUGAAGCAGCUCAAGAAAUUCUCCAAGAUCAGCCUCAAGGUUGGCGAGACGCAGACCGUGCAGUUCACACUGACUGCUGACGAUUGGAGCGUCUACUACCCGCAGAUUGGCCACGGCCUCAAGAUGAUCGCCGAGGACAGCGAGUUUUGGGUCGCCAUCAAGCCCGAGACGGGCUGUGACGUAUACAAUGAGACCGCGAGCCGCAGCUCGCUCUGCUCGAACUUUACGCUCAGCACGGGCGAGUACCCGUUCGGUACUAUCGAGAUUCCGUGGUGA